UGCUACAGGCUUCCAUGCUUUCAAUCACUUGCGGUCUUCUAUUCUCUUUGUAAUUCCUUCUUCUUCCCUUCGUUUUCGUGCUGUAGCAGCAAGGCUACAAAUACCCGCCCCCAAGCCGCGACGACAGCAUCCCGCGUCGGCCACGCAACCUUCUGACAGUUCUACGACUUCGCGCACACAACCGCAGACGAGCAGCGAGCUAGAGGCUGCCCUGCAACAUGGCGACCGCUGCGCAGACAACGGGCGCAGAGCCCAAGGCGGAUGAGCUGCGGAGAAGAAACGUCGCUGGUCAACCGGCCACGGCGGCACCGGCUGUGGCACAAGCCCCGGCGCCAGAGAAGGCCAAAGAGAAGCCUUUCAACAUCAUCGCUUUCUUCGACGAAUACGAGUUCAUAUGGGCCCCUCUGAUAUUCACCGCGCUCGCCUUCUUCACGCGCAUGUGGAAAAUCGGUCUGUCGCCAAUCGUGACAUGGGACGAAGCUCAUUUCGGAAAGUUCGGCUCCCACUACCUCAAACGCGAGUUCUACUUCGAUGUGCACCCACCGCUAGGGAAGAUGCUAGUUGGUCUGUCGGGAUACCUCGCAGGAUACAAUGGCUCGUUCGAAUUCAAGUCUGGAGAAACUUACCCUGAGGAGCUCAACUAUACCUUCAUGCGCCUCUUCAACUCGGCCUUCGGCGCAGUCUGCGUCCCCUUGGCGUACUUUACCGCGAAAGAGCUAAACUUCCGCAGACCCACCGUGUGGCUCGUUACCAUGAUGGUUCUGUUCGAAAACUCGUACACCACCAUUAGCAGAUUCAUUCUGCUCGACUCGAUGCUUCUCUGCUUUACCUUCACGACCGUCUUCUGCUGGUCUAAAUUUCACCGCCUCCGACAUGACCCCUUUGCGCCUGAAUGGGGCCUGUGGUUGAUGUUGCUCGGUGUCUCGAUUGGAUGUGUGUGCAGCGUCAAGUGGGUUGGUUUCUUCGUCACCGCAUUGGUUGGAUUAUACACUAUCGAAGAUCUUUGGAACAAAUUCGGGGACCUCAGGAUGCCAAAGAUGGAGCUAGCCGUACACUUAGGUUUCCGCGUCUUCGGUCUGAUCCUCAUUCCGCUCAUGGUCUACAUGUUCUCCUUCUACCUGCACUUCCUCAUUCUUGAAAACAGCGGUCCUGGAGAUGCUCAGAUGAGCUCUCUCUUCCAAGCUAACCUUCGCGGUACCGAGGUUGGCAAAGACAGCCCGCUCGAGGUCGCGUAUGGCUCUCGCGCAACCUUAAAGAACAUGGGAUACGGAGGAGGUCUACUUCAUUCUCACCACCAAACCUACCCGGAGGGUUCAGCACAACAGCAAAUCACGUGUUACCAUCACAAGGAUGCCAACAACGACUGGUUCUUCUACCCGAACCGCCAUGAGGCAGAGUAUCAGCCAGAUGAGGAACUUCGCUUCCCUGGUAAUGGCGAUACCAUUCGGCUUAUCCACGCCCAAACCGGCCGCAAUCUCCACUCGCACCAGAUCGCCGCUCCGGUCACGAAGGCAGAUUGGGAAGUUUCUUGCUACGGUAACACCACUGUCGGCGACACCAAGGAUCACUGGGUGGUUGAAGUUGUGCGUGAUGCGGCGUCGAGAGAUUACUCCAAAAUUCGCACGCUCACGACUGCAUUCCGACUGAAACACAAGGAUCUCGGAUGCUAUCUCCGUGCUGGCAAUGUCAACCUGCCUCAGUGGGGUUUCAAGCAGAUUGAGACAACCUGCGUGAAGGAGAACAAGCCGCGCGAUGUCUAUACCCACUGGAACGUUGAGAGCCAUUGGAACGAUAGACUUCCCCCUGGUGAUCCAGGAUCCUACAAGUCUCCCUUCCUCCAGGACUUCAUCCACCUCAAUGUUGCUAUGAUGACCUCUAAUAACGCCCUUGUUCCCGAUCCAGACAAGCAAGAUGACCUUGCCUCGCAGUGGUGGCAGUGGCCCCUCCUCCAUGUCGGCCUCCGCAUGUGCGGUUGGGAUGAUAAAAUUGUCAAGUACUUUCUUCUCGGCAACCCAGCCGUCUACUGGGGCAGCACCGCCAGUCUCGCCAUCUUUGGACUCUUGGUCGCGUGGUACCUAAUCCGCUGGCAACGCGGCUACGAAGAUCUCAAACCCGCCGAAAUCGACCACAUUCACUACUCGGGUCUCUACCCGGUUGUCGGCUGGUUCCUGCACUAUCUGCCCUUCGUCGCUAUGGGCCGCGUCACUUACGUCCACCAUUACUACCCCGCGCUGUACUUCGCUAUUCUCACUGCCGGCUUCUGCCUUGACUGGGCGACCAGGAGGCUGAACAAGCAGGUCAACUGGAUUAUCUUCGGUGCGCUCUACGUUCUUAUCAUUGGGCUCUUUUGGCUGUUCAGGGCGAUCUGCUUUGGUAUGGUGGGACCGAGCUCGCAGUGGCAGCACCUCAAGUGGUUCAGCACGUGGAGGAUCACGGACUAAGGGAAAGGAGAAGCGGCCAUAAACCUGUGACGCCCUUGGCCGUUCACCUGCGAUCAAUAAAAGCGCGAAAGGCUUCCGUCACCACCGACAGCCUGCGACCCGACGGUUUCGGCACUUUGCCAUGUAACAUCAGCUUCUUCUUACUUUUCGUUUGUUCCUGCUUUUUGCUUCCAAAGCAACUAGGGAUAGGUCUUAGAGUCUAUAUGCGAUAG